UCCAGAGCCUAGCUAAAUAUUUAAUUAUAAAUAUGCCGUCCGGAUUGACUGGAAUAUUAAUUUUAUCAGCGAUUUGUGUCAUCAGCGUCAGAGCAAAUGGACACGCGCACUCGUUCCAACACUUCCAUGGCCCGGUGAUCGGUGACGAUCAAGAAAUAAACUGGGUUGACAAACACGGACAUCAUCAUCAUGACUACGUAGCGCAUCCGCACUACGAAUUCACUUACGGAGUUAAGGAUCAACAUACCAAGGACUUUCACGGACAAAAGGAGCACAGAGAUGGUAAAGAAGUGACUGGAGAGUAUACCGUUCAGGAACCAGGCGGUAAUUUCCGGACUGUCAAGUACCAUGCAGACGAUACCGGUUUUCAUGCCGACGUUCAUAAUAGCAAUGGAAAUGAUCACGGUGAUGAACGUAGAAGAUAA